CAUAUCAAUCGGAGGAGGCAUUCUCUCUUGGUCAGUAGUCUGCCAGAGAUCAAACUACGAUCACGCUGAAUAACUUAUGCGUCGCACAAAGUUACCUUAGCUGUUUUACAAAAAAAAAGAUCAGAAAUAACUGGAAUAACGAUUAAUAACCGGAAUAACCGGAAAGGAAGAAAUCGAGCGAGAAAAAAAAGGAACUAGAGGAGAAAAAGCAAAACAAGAAGAGUUAACGAGAAACGUGUGCCUUCGUGGUAAAUAUCUAAGUGGAAUGCCAGUGUUCAGUCGACGAAAGGAAAAGCAGAGUAUAUGUGCCUAUAUAUAUAUAUAUAAGUGAAAGUACACCUGCUAGAAUCAUCGUAUUUCGACAAUCGUUGCGGCAGUGUGACGACGCAGUUUUAAUCCUUCACUCAAUUCAUCGCCGGAAUUAAACAGAAAGUGGAAAAAAGGAAGUGACAAGCUCUUCGCUAACCAUACGGAGCAAUAUAGCUGCUUCGAACAUUUGAAAAUGGGUACUUUGCAGCAGCAAUCCAUCUUAAAAGGUCAACAGAUAGGAAAACACAAAGAGAAAGAUUUAGUUCACGAAUUAUUCAGUCGCGCAGCAACGACUCAUCCGAGUCAAACCGCGCUAUAUUACGAAGAUGAUGCUAACCAGGAAUACGUGCUAUCCUUCAAAGAAUUAGAUAACAUCACCAAUCAGUUCGCACGAGCCUUGCAAAAAUAUGAAAAAUUCGAGACAACUUCCCAAUCAUUAGUGGCUGUCUGCAUGAAAACGUCACAUCGUCUUCCAAUUGCAUUACUUAGUAUACUCAAGGCAGGAAUGGCCUAUCUACCUUUGGACGCGGAAUUUCCGAUGUCCAGGAUAAAACAUAUUCUCGAAGAAGCACAACCAUUGAUAAUAUUGAUCGAAGAAGGAGCGGAUUUGUCAAAUUAUGAAGGUGCCUUGUUCGUGACUUAUGAACAACUUCUAAAAGAAGCUGCAGAAGAACAAGAAGACGUACUAAAAUUUAAAAAGUGUUCGAAUCAACUCGCCAUCGUUCUUUAUACUUCCGGAAGUACGGGAAUUCCAAAAGGUGUGCUUAUACCACAUGCUACUUUACUGAAUCGUUUAAAAUGGCAAUGGAGAGAGCUUCCGUAUACCGACGACGAAAAACGAUGCGUCUUCAAGACCGCUCUCACAUUCGUCGAUAGUGUUCCAGAGAUUUGGGGACCUCUUCUACAAGGCCGCACACUAGUAAUUGUAUCGAAAAGUGUGACAAAAGAUCCGGAAAAAUUCGUACCACUCUUAGAGAAACAUCAGAUACAACGCUUAGUCCUUGUGCCAUCGUUGCUGCAUUCGCUGCUCAUGUAUUUGAGUUUACGAAAUAUUGACAACGUUCUCGAUCGCUUGAGACUUUGGAUUUGCUCAGGAGAAACUUUGUCGGUUGCGUUGGCCGAUCAAUUUUUUGCUACGUUUAGCAAUAAGGAUAAAAUAUUAGCUAAUUUCUACGGCAGCACAGAAAUCAUGGGUGACGUCACGUAUUACCUUUUGAACAAACGCACGCAAUUACAAGGAAUGGAGAAAGUGCCAAUUGGAAGGCCUAUCGAUAAUUGCAUAAUUUAUCUUGUAAAUAAGGACAUGCGAUUGAUUCCUCAGGGAGAAGUUGGUGAGCUAAUUGUGGCAGGAAGAAAUCUUGCUGCGGGUUAUCUAUGCGAACGAGACACACGUAAAUUUUUGGACAAUCCUCACGCUAUCGAUCCAGAAUAUCCAAAGAUCUUUCGUACGGGCGACUACGCUAAAAUUGUCAAAGAUUUGUUAAUUUACGAGGGACGAGUGGAUUCGCAAAUCAAAGUUAGAGGUCAUCGUGUCGAUCUUACAGAAGUCGAAAAAAUAAUUGUUAGGAUACCUGGUAUCAAUAAGGUCGUGGUUCUAUGUUAUAAGCCUGGUGAACUAUCACAGACUCUAAUAGCUUUUGUAACCUUAACUGAUGGCACGACUUUAUCUAACUCGGAGAUUGAAAGUUUCCUCCAAAGAACAUUACCACCAUACAUGUUACCGCAAAUUUUUGUUAUUGAUCACAUACCUCUUUUAAUCAACGGAAAAACGGAUCGACAAACAUUGCUGAAGCAAUAUGAAUUAUCUUAUCCUAAUAAUGAAGACAACGGUACUAUGAAUUGCGAUUACAGCGAUGUGUCAGAUCAAGAUCUUAAAAAAGCUCGAGUUCUUUUUCCGACUGUCGCAUCCGUAAUCGGACGAAAUAGUCGGACGCAAGUAACCCCGCAUGCGAAUUUCUACGAGCUUGGUGGAAAUUCCUUAAAUUCCAUUUACACCGUGACCAAAUUAAGAGACCAAGGUUAUCAAAUUGGUAUCACGGAUUUUAUCAAAGCAAAAGAUCUGGCCGAAGUAAUAAACCGCAUGCAACUCAUAUCUUCUGAAGAGAAACCCCUGAUGGAAAAAAUCGAUCAGGAAUCGUAUAUUUUUGAAUCAUUAAACGAUUGUCACAAAGAAGACGCGAUCGAAAUAAUCACAGAGAGCUUUUAUACGAAAGCCGAUUUGGAGCAAUGGUUAAUACCGAAUUUAAAGAGAACAGAUUAUCGAGAAUUGAUGGAAAAGGUAUGGGAUUUUCUCGUAAAGAAGGACUUGAGUUUCGUGAUUAAAUCAAGACAUAGUGACAAAACAAUCGGAGUUAACAUUAAUUUUGAUCUCUGGGAUGAACCUGAUUUAAUGUUGAGCUCUAACUUAAUGAUUAUAUUCGAUUUCCUCGAGUAUUUAGAGGGACCGAUUAGAGAUACCAAAUUACCAAAAGGCAAGGGCAAAAUUAUUCACAAUAUUAUGAUGGCGACAUGCAGCGAUUUAAAUUUCGCAGAAAAUGUAUUAGUGAUGAGACAGAUGGAAGAUUACACUAUCCAACUAGCUCUACGAAAAGAAUAUGUUGGAAUUUUUACUACAAAUACCAGCCCUCUCACUCAGCAACUUGGCACGGAUGUGUACGAGUAUGACACAAUGUUGGUAUAUCAAGUAAAUCGGUACGAGGCGCCUAAUGGAAGUAAACCAUUUGAAAAAGCUCCCGACAGUCAAGUGGCAAUUUGCUCAUUCAAAAGAAUCAAUUAAAACGACAUUUAUAAAUAAAAAUAUUAGUACCAAGUA